AUUUUGUAAAAAUAAUGAAGAAACCAUGUGAAUUUGUGAUGUUCGAUUGACUGCACGAUAAUGACCGGCCGCUGCCGGUUGCUGUGGGACAUUUCCUUUGCGGUUGCCGCUCGGAAAUAGUCCUAAACAGGCGAUGGAACACCCGUAUGCCGCCCCACACAGCACCGUGUGUUGGCGCCGAGUGAUACCACCGCGAGUAGUCGCCGGUCGGACGGCUAUGUUGUGAACGAUUCAGAUUGGCAAAGCCCGUUGCUUUUAUUUCGCGGUUCAAUAAGGUGAUACUGGCGAAUAAAAGUAAACGAAGUACGCAGCCACCGACCGAUGCCGUGCUUGUCGUCGUAGACAAGCCCCACCUGAUUUCCACUUGCUUCUUGUGCAGACUGAGUUGUUUCUAAGGAAGGCCAAGCCACACUGAAGGUUUUAAGCCUGCAUGGGGUACUAGCCAUUUUUCAUCGUUCCGAGUCGCGUCCGUUCGAUCUAGCAUCAAUCAGUUUUGUUCAAUAUACUCAAAAAAAAACGAUGAUAUGAACUACUACAAUUCAAUAAUAGGCAAGCUCAUAUGGGCUGUUGCCGAUAUAGUUUACUUUUGUACCUGCAGUCAGUCUUCGGCAAGCGGCAGGCAAUGAUGAACAGCUACAACUGCUGGCGCUGUUUUCUGUUAGAAAAAAAAACGGCGCGAUUUUGAGACAUCGAGAAUCUCGUCGUUCCCACGUGCGUAAUGCUGGCUUUUUCCGAUGUUCGAUUCAAUAUGAGUUUUUCGGCGUCGUGUUUUUGUGUGCGGGGAAAACGCAUUAUCGCAGCCUAUAUUAAUGUGUAGGCAACGAAUAAUCAGCCGCUCCCCUGGCUUCUGUGAGCCUAGGCAUAUAAUGCUAUGUAUGUUCCUCGAUUAUAGUCUCCGCUAUUUAGAGGGCUGCAGUGUGUAAUUAUUAAAGAGUGCACUGUGUUCGUGGAGUGUUGCCUAUAAAGUUUUGUGCGAGUGCGUUGUAUAGUGAUCCUGACAGGGACUGUGCCUUUUUAGCCCCGCUCCAGCCAUUUCCUGCUCGCUGAGAGCAGGCAGUGGUCAGAGAAACAAUAACGACGAGAAGGUUACGGAGCCUGUCAAAGAGGAACGCAAAACAGAACGAACCAAAGCCCUUGUGGAAUUAGAUCGGAUGUUCUCUAAGGACCGCUAUAUCGAUGCUUCGCUGUACGGUCGGGGGAACAACGGUCGCAAACCGAUCCCGUCGGAGCCGCCGUACACGGCGUAUGUUGGCAAUCUGCCUGAUAGGGUGGUGCAAGCCGACAUUGACGAAAUCUUCAAUGGACUUACGGUUAGAUCUGUCCGGCUUGUUCGUGACAAGGAAACUGACCGUUUCAAGGGAUACUGUUAUGUUGAGUUUGAUACCCGAGAGAGCCUUGAGCAGGCUUUGGAACUGAACGAAGCCGAGGUAAACGGCAAAAUCAUUAAAGUGGACGUUGCUGAGGGUCGACGUAACGAUCGUGGAGGCCGUGGUGGUCCUGGAGGGGGUCGUCCGGGUGACCGAGGAGGUCCUGGCGGACCCCGAGGCUUCAACGACAGUAGACACUCGCAGCGCGACAAUAAUAAUCGGGGCUAUGGCGGUCCAGGUGGCGGCUAUGGUGAUAGGGGAUCACACGAUCGAGACCGGGUCUAUCGAGACAAUUUCGGUAGGGACAAUUUCCGUGACAACUUUGGUAGGGGUGAUCAACAGCGCGGUGACAUCCCUGCUAGCCGCGAUUUCCAAGGGUCUGCCUGGGGCAUGAGGCGCGAACAGCGACAACGAGGAGGUCCGGACUGGUCGUCGCGUCCGCCCAUGUCCGAAUUUAAAGAGCCAUCUCGUGAGGAUGCCGAGCAGCGGCCACGUCUUAAACUUGCGCCCCGUACCGUUAAAGCACCGACAGGAGAGCUCGCUGACACAUCCUCGCGUUCCAAAAUUUUUGGAAAUGCCAAGCCACGCGAUGAGAAGCUGUACCAGGAGAAAGUGCGGCGUUCAUCGGAAUCAUCCGGAACCGGUUCUGUAUAUAAGGGAGAUUAAAUGACGGAGGGUGAUGAAGAUGACAAAGUUAAGGAUGCUUGGGGACACUGGUUUAGAUUUAAGAAACGAUAAAGACUAUGCUGAAGAAAUGAAGACAAGGAUAAUUAUAAAAAAACGGGAUAAAAUGUAGAGAUGAAGUUGGCCAAGAACGACUCUCUGUGUGCCUGCUCCAUAACCGCGUUAGUAAGCAUUGCCCAUGAUCCCCGCGCCUUGAAACCACCCUACCCGUUUCCCGCCAUCCUUUACAGCCUUGGGGAUUUUCAGUUGAAAGUCAGUCCUAUGGGUUUUUGAGAGACAUAUUUUUAUUUUAACCAGUUCGUGGUAACUUUCUGGGCAUUUUUAAUUUUCUUUGAAGUCAAUUUUUUGUGAGUUCUAUUGAAGUUUCUGUAUUUCUCUGUCUGCAUUAGGUUGUUUUUCAUGCUUUGUACCAUUUUGUUGUGUGUGUGUGUGCGCGCGUUAUGAUAACUAUAUUGUUAUUAGUACUAUAAUUUAAUAGUUAGGUCCAAAACCGUAAAUAAGGUAAUAAGAAAAUCUAUGUCAUACUUAAUAGUGUAUGGGAGGGAAACCGUUUUUGACGAAAUUCUCUACUCAUUACAAAAAAAGAUAUGAAAAAAAUUAUGGUAAAUUUAUCAUGCAAGAUAGCAAAAGGUUAAGCAGAAGAAGUGCAGGAUAUUAAUAACAGAAUGUUUAGUGAAAACUGAUCAUAAGUAGGAUAGCACUGAACAGUAAGGAAUGUA